CAGAAGAGAGCAGAGGCCAUGGCUUCUUCUUCAAUCUCUUCCUCCCUACGUUUAUUCACUACCAAAUCGAUUCUCACACCAAAACCCCGGAAAAACCUCUCUUUCUUUUACAAACCCCUCACUUUUACAAACAUAUCACUUUCUCCCUCGCUCGUCUGCCGCUCUUCUGCCACCUCCUCUCUUCAGCCCCUCGAACAGCUCCCUCCAAAGCUCCAAGACAUCAUCAAGCUCUUCCAGUCCGUGCAGGAACCCAAAGCAAAGUACGAGCAACUCUUGUUUUACGGAAAGAAUCUCAAACCGCUUGAUACCCAGUUCAAAACGAGGGAAAAUAAAGUGGAAGGUUGUGUGUCUCAGGUCUGGGUUAGAGCUUACUUUGACGAGCAGAAGAAUGUUGUGUUUGAAGCUGAUUCUGACUCUGUUUUGACCAAAGGGUUGGCGGCUUUGCUCGUUCAAGGCUUGUCUCAUCGACCUGUAGAGGAAAUUGUUAAGGUUUCUCCGGAUUUUGUUGUGCUUCUUGGUUUGCAACAGAGUUUAACUCCUUCUAGGAAUAAUGGGUUCUUGAAUAUGUUGAAGUUGAUGCAAAAGAAGGCGCUCGAACUGUUUUUAGAGGCUGAGAAGGCCAAAGGGUCGGUUCAGGGUUCCAAUUCAGGGGCGAAAAUUGAGAGUAGUGGUAAAGAUUCAAUUUUGAUUGAUGAUAAUGGUAAAAUUUCAAAUUUGGAGGGGACUUUGGAGUCAAGUGUUGAAAUGAAUGAGAAAUUGGAGGAGUUGGGGAGUAGAGGAAUGAGAAUUAGGGAGAAAUUGGAGAAGGAGCUGAGGCCUGUUGAGUUAGAAGUGGAAGAUAUUUCAUAUCAGCAUGCUGGGCAUGCUGGUGUGAAAGGGAGUGAUGGAGAGACACAUUUUAAUGUGAAGGUUGUGUCUGAGGAAUUUGAAGGGAAGAGCUUGGUGAAGAGGCAUAGAUUAAUAUAUGGUUUGUUGCAAGAUGAGUUGCAGAGUGGGCUGCACGCGUUGUCGAUAGUGGCAAAACUUCCAUCUGAAGUUGAGGGGAGAUGAAUUGGUUGUAAAAGUAAAGAUUAUAGGUUCAUUUCUAUGUUUUGCUUUGAUUCAUUUGAAACAAUGGGUUAUUAAAAAUAAAAGGUUUAUGUAUUGAUGAGUUAUAUGAAAUGAAUAGACUCCACCUAUGUGGUUGUUUUUGCUAAGACUU